AUGUCCUCCUCUGUCGAGCCUACCGCCAGCCCCAAAAUCCAGUCGAGUCAGACUUCCGAGUCGAACGCCGGCGUCACUCAGACCGAAGCCACUGCCACCGAGCAUCAAACGGCCAGCGUAGCCGAGAAGCCUUCGCUUCACAAAUGCACACCUCUCAUCGGCGAUGGACUUGUUCGCCUUACGAAAGACUUCAUCUACAGCAUCCAGAAUCAGGAGCACCGUGCGAUCAUGCAAUGUCAACUCAACUCCGACAGCUGGGACUCGGCAAAGCACAUGCAGACGGUCAUGUUCGGACUCCAGGCUGAGGCACGCAUCCUUCUCAAGGUGAUCGAGGAACUUGACGUCAAUCGGGACGGCCAGCCCAUCGAUUCAGCCUCCAGCACUCUCUCAUGUGCCAAGUGCGAGAAUCCCAAGAGAACAGAGUUCUACAUGCUCGCUCAGCGACUGGCCAAUCGCAUCGACGGCUCUACCAUGGCCUACGAUUCCCAUCUCAGCUUCGUCGAGAUGUUGAAGGACAGAAAUGAGGGUCAGAUGCUGUAUUACAGCAUCUCCAGCGAGCUUAUGCGCUUCCGCAACGAGGCUUACGAGCUUGAGGAGUUCCUCCUGCAGCUCGAUUCCACUCCUGGAAAAGGAUCGGAAGAGUGA